AUGUUUCACAUCGUGACAGUGUCACCGUCGUUAUGGACCACCGACUACACUACUUUAAUUUUUGAUUCUGUAACAGAAAACGUGACAUCACAAUUAACAAAUACUGUAACAGAAAAUGUGACACCACUAUUAAGGAACACUACAUACAGAGAAAAUAAAACAGAAAAAGUUUCGAAUACUGAAUUUGUAAAUUAUUCGAUAUUGCACUGGCCUAAUUAUUUAUGGUUUGUUGCUGGUUUAGGAACUGGAAUAUUCAUAAUGUUUAUUAUAAAUUCCAAUUUAUAUUGUCAAGUCUGGUGUCCUAAUUUUCCUAUCUUAAGACGCAUUGGGACCUUCUUUAGAAUCCUUUGGCACCGUUUCAUCGUUUGGUAUCGUCACGUUUGUCUUGGUAGAAACGAAUAUUUUAUUUCAACUUUCAAGCAAAAUAACAGAAUUAUCAAAGAACAACAUGAAAUAGCCUUGCAAUCGCUUCCGCGUGUCUCACUAUCACCGCCACUCACAAAUCAGCCGCGAUCUUUACAACAGUCACAAUUGUCAUUAUUGCAUCGCUCGCAAAUAUCACAGUUGCCGCGUGGUUCACGAUUGCUACAACUCAGUAAUCUCACAAAUCAAUCGCAAUCUUCAUCACAACAGUCACAAUGGAAUACUGAAUUACCUACAGUCUCAUGGCAAUCUCAUAUCCCACAGCAAUUACUACCACCAUCCAGUUCCGAUUCAAAUCGAUUACUAGUUUCCCCAGUUAGAAACAGCCCUGCAACCAUCGGAAAUUCCCAAAUUACUGCAGUAAUACAUACGAGUGCCAUAACAACCAUGAUUGCCACAUCAACUACAGCGCCUGGACUAUUGACUUCUUCUUCUACACAGUAA